AUGACGAAGCGGUUCAAGAUGGGGAACUUCAUAUGGGUCGCAUGCGUCAUCUCCGGAGAAGACCACGAGGAGGGGAACUUCAUAUGGGUCGCCAUCUCCGGUGAAGGCCACGAGGUGUGGUUCAACUCUGGAUUAGUAAAGGCAGUUCAUACCCUCCUUCCAAAAGCUGAGCAUAGACAGUGUUGUCGCCAUAUUUACGAGAACUGGAGGAAAUGUGGAAAAGAUCUAAGGUUACAGAGGUUCUUUUGGUUCAUUGCAAGGAGCUACACUCCUGGUAUGUUCAACUACAACAUGGAUGAGCUUAAGAACUAUGAUCCAGGCGCACAUGCAUCUUUGAUAAAGACAAAGCCAGAGACUUGGUCUAGAGCUUUCUUCAAGAUAGGCUCCUACUGCAAUGAUAAUCUGAACAACUUGUGUGAGUCCUUCAACAAGACCAUCAGGGAGCCUAGGAAGAAACCUGUGCUAGACAUGUUAGAGGAGAUAAGGCGCCAAUGUAUGACUAGGAACUACAAUAGGUCUAAGAUGGCUAAGGACAGGAAGGCUAGGUUCACCCCGAAGACACAUAAAGAGUUAGACAGGGUUGAGAAGAAGUCAAAAGAAUGUAGUCUGCGUUGGGCAUUUGGGCCAGAGACUGAGGUGGAUGAUAGAGACCAGUCAUAUGUGGUGAAUUUGGAGAAUGAGACUUGUGCAUGUCGAAGCUGGCAAAUGAAUGGUAUUCCAUGCAUCCAUGCUGCUAAGGUCAUCCUUGGCGUGGGAAGAAAACUCUCUGAAUUUGUUGCUCCUUUCUACACAACCUCUAAGUGGCGUGAAACCUACAGUUUUGGGAUCAGACCUGUAAAUGGGAUGAUAGAGUGGCCUCGGACCAAUAGAUUAGGUGUGAUUCCACCACCUAAUCGAAAUGGCAAGCCUGGUAGGCCUAAAAACCAUGAUCGAAAGAAGGGAACCAAUGAGACAGUGUCUACUACCAAGCUGAGUCGUGCGAACAGGGUAAUGACAUGCUCUAAUUGCAAAGAAGAAGGGCACUACAAGAAUACAUGUCGGAAGGCUUUUGUUGAGAGCCCACCUAAGAAACCAAGAGGCAGACCAAGGAAAUAUCAGGGACUACACUUUGGCGAGUCACAAGCUCAAUCCUCAGAAGCUCAAACCUCACAAAAUCAAUCCUCACAAGCUCAAGCAUCACCAUGGGAAGUUCCUCAAUCUUCAGAAGGUCAAUCCUCACAAGCUGAAGCAUCACAGACAGCAGCGUGGGGAAGAUGGUUUUUUUAGAUGCUUGUGUGUUGUUUAUGAUGGUCUCUGUCUGAAUGCUUUCGUUGUCUGUUGUUUAUGAUGAUGUCUCUGUCUGAAUGCUUUUGGAACAAGAACUACCUUUUUCUUUCUUCU